GCGCGAGGCCCGGGGAGCCGGCGGCGCGCUCCAGAAAGGGUGGGCGCCGCGUGCGCCCGAGGACCUGGCGGGACCGCUCGCGGCGGCUCGGGAUGAGGCCGCGCCGGGCGACCCCUCGCCGCGUGGCGGGGCUCGUCGUGCUGCUCCUCGGGUGCUGCGGGCUGACGGAGCCCUCUGGCCGCGCAGGUAAUGAGCCAUUCACCAUCGUCAAUGAAAACACAGACAAGUGCAUCCAGCCACUGAACGACUGGAUAGUAGCCAAGGACUGUGAUGGAACCAAGGACAUGCUAUGGAAAUGGGUGUCCGCACACCGGCUCUUUCAUUUGCAAUCCCAGAAGUGCCUUGGCCUAAAUAUUGUCAAGCCCACAGACUCCUUGAGAAUGUUCAGCUGUGACUCCAGUGCCAUGCUGUGGUGGAAGUGUGAGCACCACUCUCUGUACGGAGCUGCGCGAUACCGGUUGGCUCUGAAGGGUGGACAUGUCGUAGCAAGUACGAAUUCAUCUGAUGUCUGGAAGAAAGGAGGUUCAGAGGAAAGCCUCUGUGACCAGCCUUACCGUGAGAUAUAUACCAGAGAUGGGAACUCCUAUGGGAGACCUUGUGAAUUUCCAUUCUUAGUUAAUGGGACCUGGUUUCAUGAUUGUCUUCUUGAUGGAAAUCACAGAGGGCCAUGGUGUGCAACCACGUUAAAUUAUGAACAUGAUCAAAAAUGGGGCAUCUGCUUAACACCAGAAAAUGGCUGUGAAGGUAAUUGGGAGAAGAAUGAACAGACUGGAAGUUGCUACCAAUUUAACACCCAAGCAGCUCUUUCUUGGAAAGAAGCUUAUGUUUCAUGUCAGAAUCAAGGUGCUGACUUCCUGAGCAUCAAUAAUGCCGCUGAGUUAACUUAUCUUAAAGAAAAAGAAGGCAUUGCAAGAAUUUUCUGGAUUGGCUUAAAUCAGCUGUACUCUGCUAGAGGCUGGGAAUGGUCAGAUCAAAAGCCAUUAAACUUUCUCAACUGGGACCCAGAUAUGCCUAGUGCACCUACAAUAGGUGGAUCGAGCUGCGCAAGAAUGGAUGCCGUGUCUGGUCUAUGGCAGAGUUUUUCCUGCGAAGCUCAACUGCCCUAUGUCUGCAAAAAACCGUUGAAUAACACAGUGGAGUUAACAGAUGUUUGGACAUAUUCAGAUACCCGCUGUGAUGCAGGCUGGCUGUCAAAUAAUGGAUUUUGCUAUCUGCUGGUAAAUGACAGUGAUUCCUGGGAUAAGGCACAAGUGAAAUGCAAAGGCUUUGACAGCCACCUCAUGAGCAUUCAUUCCUUAGCUGAUAUGGAGGUGGUGGUCACAAAACUCCAUAGCGGGGAUGCCAAGGAAGAAGUAUGGACAGGCCUUAAGAACAUAAAUAUACCAACUUUAUUUCAGUGGUCAGAUGGUACUGAAGUUACUCUAACAUACUGGGAUGAGAAUGAGCCAAACGUUCCUUACAAUAAGACUCCCAACUGUGUUUCUUAUUUGGGAAAGCUAGGUCAGUGGAAAGUCCAAUCAUGUGAACAGAAACUUAAAUACAUAUGUAAGAAAAAAGGAGAAAAGAUGAAUGAUACAAGAUCUGGUGAGAUGUGUCCUCCAGGCGAGGGCUGGGAAAGGCAUGGAGAAACCUGUUAUAAGAUUUACAAGGAUGCGGUCCUUUUUGGAACGAAUUGCAAUCUGACGAUAACUAGCAGAUUUGAGCAAGAAUACCUGAAUGAUAUGAUUAAAAAAUAUACUAAAUCUUCAGUAAAAUACUUCUGGACUGGCUUGAGAGAUGUAGAUUCACGUGGAGAGUAUAGUUGGGCAAGUGCUGCUGGAGUAAAGCGGGCUGUAACCUUUUCCAACUGGAAUUAUCUUGAGCCAGCUUCUCCAGGUGGAUGUGUGGCUAUGGCUACUGGAAAGCCUCUUGGCAAGUGGGAGGUGAAAGACUGCAGACGUUUCAGAGCACUUUCAAUUUGCAAGAAAAGAACUGGGCCCGCCGAGCCGGAAGAGGCAGCCCCCAAGCCCGGAGACCCCUGUCCUGAAGGCUGGCAUAAUUUCCCCUCGGGUCUUUCUUGUUAUAAGCUGUUUCAUAUAGAAAGAAUUGUAAGAAAAAGGAAUUGGGAAGAAGCUGAGAGAUUCUGCCAGGCACUUGGAGGACACCUUCCUAGCUUCAGUCAUAUGGAUGAAAUAAAGGAAUUUUCUCACUUUUUAAUGGACCAGUUCAGUGGCCCACGUUGGCUGUGGAUAGGUUUGAAUAAAAGGAGCCCAGAUUUACAAGGAUCCUGGCAAUGGAGUGAUCGUACCCCAGUGUCUACUAUGAUCAUGGCAAAUGAGUUUCAGCAGGAUUAUGAUAUCAGAGACUGUGCUGCCAUCAAGGUCAUUGACAGGCCAGGGAGAAGAAGCUGGCAUUUCUUUGAUGACAGGGAAUUUAUUUAUUUAAAGCCUGUUGCUUGUGAUACAAGACUUGAAUGGGUGUGCCAGAUUCCCAAAGGCCGUACUCCAAAGACACCAGACUGGUACAAUCCAGAGCGCGCUGGAACUCAUGGACCUCCAGUCGUAAUAGAAGGGAGUGAAUAUUGGUUUGUGGCUCAUCUUCACUUAAACUAUGAAGAAGCUGCCCUGUAUUGUGCUAGCAAUCACAGCUCUCUGGCUACUUUAACAUCUUUUGCAGGACUGAAGGCCAUCAAAAACAAAAUAGCCAAUAUAUCUGGUGAUGAGCAGAAGUGGUGGGUGAGAACUACGGAGCAGCCAAUGCAUCGGCGUUUUAUAUAUCAUUCACGGUAUUUAUGGCAUCACUUUCCUAUAACGUUUGGAGAGGAAUGCUUGUACAUGUCUGCCAAGACUUGGUUUAGUGACUUAAAUAAACCAGCAGACUGUAAAACCAAGUUGCCCUUCAUCUGUGAAAAAUAUAAUGUGUCUUCAUUAGAGAAGUAUAGUCCAGAUUCUGCAGCUAAAAUACAGUGCUCUGGGGACUGGAUUACUUUUCAGAAUAAGUGUUUUCUAAAGAUCAAACCCAAGACUCUCACAUUUUCUCAAGCGAGUGAUAUUUGUCACAGCUAUGGUGGCACCCUUCCUUCAGUGUUGAGCCAGAGAGAACAAGACUUUAUUACAUACUUGCUUCCGGAUAUGGAAGCGACCUUGUGGAUUGGUUUGCGCUGGACUGCCUACGAAAGGAUAAACAAAUGGACAGAUAACAAAGAGCUCACAUAUAGUAACUUUCACCCACUGGUGGUUGGCUGGAGACCAAGAAUACCAACAAAUUUUUUUGAGGAAGAGUCCCACUACCACUGUGCUCUCAUACUCAACCUCCAAACGUCACCUUUCACUGGCACGUGGAACUUUACCUCCUGCAGCGAUCACCACACGGUGUCUCUCUGUCAGAAGUAUGCAGAAAUUGAAGGCACACAGACCUUGAAGAAUACUUCAGACACUGUAAAGUAUCUAAAUAAUCUGUACAAAAUAAUCCUGAAGACCCUGACUUGGUCUGAUGCACUAAGGGAAUGUCAGGAAAAUAACAUGCAGCUGGUGAGCAUCACAGACCCUUACCAGCAGGCGUUCCUCACUGUACAGGCGGUUCCGCUUAACUCUGCUCUGUGGAUCGGACUCUCCAGUCAAGAUGAUGGACUCAACUUUGGUUGGUCAGAUGGGAAACAUCUUCAGUUUAGUCGCUGGGCUGAAAAUAAUGAACAACUCGAAGACUGUGUAAUAUUAGACACUGAUGGAUUCUGGAAAACAUCUGACUGCAAUCGUAAUCAACCGGGUGCGAUUUGCUACUACCCAGGAAAUGCAACUGAAAAAGAGGUCAAAGCAGUAAACAGUGUUCAGUGUCCAUCUCCUGUUCUAAAUACUCCGUGGAUACCAUUUCAGAACUGUUGUUAUAAUUUCAUGAUAGCAAAGAAUAGAUAUGUGGUACCAACACAAGAUGAAGCUCAUUCUAAAUGCCAGAAACUGAAUCCCAAGUCACAUAUUCUGAGUAUUCGAGAUGAAAAAGAGAAUAACUUUGUUCUUGAGCAACUUUUGCACUUCAAUAAUAUGGCUUCAUGGAUCAUGUUAGGUAUGACUUAUGAAAAUAAUUCUCUUUUGUGGUCUGAUAAGACCAUGCUAUCAUAUACACACUGGAGAGAAGGAAGACCAGCUAUAAAAAAUGGCAAGUUUUUUGCUGGCUUGAGUACGGAUGGCUUCUGGGAUAUUCAAACCUAUCAUGCUAUUGAAGAAAUACUUUACUAUUACCAGAACAGCAUUCUUGCUUGUAAAAUUGAAAUGGUUGACUACAAGGAGGAAUAUAAUGCUACUCUGCCACAGUUCAUUCCAUAUGAAGAUGGUAUUUAUAAUGUUAUUCAGAAAAAGGUAACAUGGUAUGAAGCAUUAAACAUGUGUUCCCAAAGUGGAGGUCAUUUAGCAAGUGUCCAUGACCAAAAUGGCCAGCUCUUUCUGGAAGAUAUCGUAAAGCGUGAUGGAUUUCCGCUGUGGAUUGGGCUCUCAAGUCAUGAUGGAAGUGAAUCAAGUUUUGAAUGGUCUGAUGGCAGUGCAUUUGACUACCUCCCAUGGAAAGAUGAUAAAUCUUCUGGAAACUGUGUUGUUGUGGAUCCAAAGGGUAUUUGGAAACACGAAAUAUGCACGUCUGUCAAGGAUGGUGCUCUUUGUUAUAAACCGACAAAGCCUAAAAAGGUGUCCUCUCAUUUAUACUCAUCAAGAUGUCCAGCAAUAAAAGGGAAUGGGUCACAGUGGGUCCGGUACAAGGACCACUGUUACGCAUCUGACCAGGCAUUACACAGUUUCUCAGAAGCCACACAGUUCUGUUCAAAACUUGAUGAUUCUGCAACUAUUGUAACUAUAGAGGGUGAGGAUGAGAAUAAAUUCGUGAGUAGACUGAUGAGGGAAAAUAAUAAUAUUACCAUGAGAGUUUGGCUUGGAUUAUCUCAACAGUCUGCUGGUCAGUCUUGGAAUUGGUUAGAUGGAUCAAAAGUGACAUUUGUCAAAUGGGCAAAUAAAAGUAAGAAUGAUCAUGGAAAAUGUAGCAUUUUAUUAGCCUCAAAUGAAACUUGGAUAAAAGCUGAAUGUUCACAGGGCUACGGAAGAGUUGUCUGCAAAGUUUCUCUGAGCCCCGAUUACAGAGGGGUCGGCAUCGCCUUUGCCGUGCUAAGCUUGGUAGCCCUCAUCUGCGGACUGAUUUGGGUCUUCUUCCAAAGGAACCAUUUGCACUGGCCAGGCUUCUCUUCAGUUCGAUAUGAACAAGGAAUGGAUGAAGAUGAGAUUAUGCUUCCAUCUUUCCAAGACUAAAUUCUUCUGAAAGUUUGCUGAUUUGCACUAAUGUCUUAGGAAAAAUGAGCCAUGAAAAUUUUUUCCAGUGUCAGUAUUUACUGUUCCAAAGUAGAAGUCUUGAGUAUUUUUUCAGUUGUUUAAUUGCUGUGCUGGUCUCCAUGGUGAAUUACCCACAAAAUGCCAUGUUUAUAACUCUACUUAAGAGAAUGGAGGGGACCUGAAGCAGGAACUAAAGUCCCAAUUAUUUGUAUGGUAAUAAGUUUAAUGUGCAUUUUGCUGUAAAAUGUAGUUAGUAGCUAGGAUAUGUAUUUUUUAAUGGCAUUUUAACAGAACUUCCUAGAAAAUUUAAAUUGUCAUGCUACUAGAUCACAAAUCUACCUUAAAAUUUUUAAGAACAUCCAGCCAAAUGGAAAUUAGUACCUCAUGGUAAAAACACAACUGUAGAUAUGAACAUUGUUUUAAAAUAGUAAUUUGUAGCAUUAGUGGAAAUAACAUAUGAAACAAUGAGACAUGCUGAUUUUUUACACAGCAAAAUGCUGCCUCUUGGCAAGAUUCUUUUCAUACUAUUUGAAAGAUAUUUCAUACCAAAAUUAUUUAAAAGCAAAUGUUUUGUUCUAUUCAUAGUUAUUCAUAAAACGGUGCCUUUUAAAGAAGAUUUAGUACUUACCAUUUUUCUAAAGUGUGGGAAUGUUGUUAUUCGAUUCAUCAGAUAGCCUGUAGCUGUUUCUUGUCUUUUCUUAUGUGCAAAAUAUAACUGUUUCUUUCUUAAAGGGAAUCAGCUAAGGAUAAGAAUUUUUGAAAAUUUCACAACUUAUAUUCUUCAUAUGGCAUGUUAACUUUUGAUUAAGAAUUUUUUAUUACUUUGUUACGUUUUUAUUUGAGUAAAGAAAAAAGGGUCUGUAAAGGAAAUUGCAUACUUUGCAUUUGUAAAAGUGAAAAUUUUACAAUGAACUGCUAAACCUUGUGAUUACUAGUGAAAUAUUUAAAAUUUUGAAUAAUUAAGGAAACACUCUUUCAUGGUUAUCACUUUAAGUUUUACCACCUAGAAUAUAUCUUAGUAGCAGCCAGCACUGGACAUGAGGAAUAUUUUAUUCAGUGUUUAACUUAUAUUUGUACUUUAGAAUAUUUUUGUAUAAAAUCCACAGAUUUAUUUUAAAAUUUAGAGUGUUUAUACUAUGAUGAAGUUGUAAAUAAUUUUCUCAGAUAGUUUUAGCAUAGUCUAAACCUAUAGUACAGUGGUCCUGAAAUAUUUUUUAUUGAAUGUGUUAGACUCUUGCUCUAUGAUCGGUACAAUUUUAGUUAUAAGACUUUCUUCAGAAAACUAAAUCAACUUGAUGGAAAAGUGCAGAUAUAUAUAGUAAUGACACAAUAAAGUUGUUUUCUUUAAUUUUUUAUGUAAAAGUGUCGGGGGACAGAGUUGUUUUUGGUUUUGUUUUUUUAAUCAAAGACUUUCCAAAUGUCCAUACUCUUUGAUCCUGUAAUUUUACCUGGAGAGCAUAUCUUAAAGAAACAUUCCCUACAAUGUUUUAAGUGAAAGUUCAUCAUUACUUUAUAAUGGAAAACUAUUGGAAGCAACUGGAAAAGCCAUGUUGAAAUCUUUAGGUAAACUAUACUAUGUACACCUAGAGAACGCAUAGAUGCAAAUACCAAUCGAGGGUCAUUCUACUACACCACAGGCCUGUAUUCUGUGAAACAUCAAUUCAUAAAAAUCAAAAGUGUUGUUGAUCCUUAUUCGAAAAAAACUCUAGAUUGGGAAUUAUUAUAUUAGGCAUAUAGUGUGACAAAAAAUAAAGUGUCCAGCUAUUGUAAAGCAAGGCAUCCUUAAGAUUUUGUGUGCAUUUUUUAAAGGAAUAAAUGUAAUCAUUCCUGCAUCCCUGAAUAUUCUAUUUUAGUCUCUUUUUCAGAUUUCACUUUCUCAGCAUGUCUUUUAACUAUCGGAUUGGCAGAAAUUCCAUCUACUGUCCACUUAUUUUUUGUGCUCCCCUCAAGAGAUCCUAUUCACCACCUCCUGCCCCAAAGCAUUCAUCAACCACUCCUAAGUCAAUAGUUCAAAGAUUCAGUUCCUGUUCUAACUCCCACGGGAUAGUCUAUCCACAUGACCAGGACUGCUGCAUCACGUCCCUUUCCCCAUUGCCACCUGUUCCAGAUGGCUCAGAGGAUCUGAAGACAGCCUUGUCCAAUCCUCCUUAACUAAUCCAACCCUGACAUGUGGUCUGACAGAAUGAUCUCUCAAAACCAGGUACCUAAAAAGCAAGCAAAUAUACCUAAUGAUCAGGUGUAGGGGACAAAUACAGAAAUGAUACCAAUCAUCCCCUUUUUCUCCCCUUGCUCCGCACACAGCAUGUUCCUCUCCUUGAUCCCAGGGCAAGGUAUCUUCAGCAUCUGGACCCUCUCCCCUGCAAAUGGCUGAUGAAGUGUUGAUAACUGAGUAAGAUGAUAACCAGUAAGAUGGCAAACUUCCGGCUUCUCUUCCGGGUCCUCGGUUCCCGACGGCGCCACCUGAAGCCCAAUCACCUCUCUCGCCCCGCUUCCAAUCCCAGCACCUAGCCAAUGGCCA